UGCUAAUUUUUCUGUGCUACAACAUUUCAGGGACUAUAUUGGUCUUGAAGGCAAUUAACUAAUAACACUCUGAAUUGCAAGCUUAAAAACAUUACGUACCAGCAAACAUGCUAGGGUUUCAAAGUGAUCAGUUCGUAUGGUUUCUUAUCAGGGACGUUUUUAAAAAACGUAGUUAGUUAUUUUUAGAAGCAAGAAACAAAUUUGAAGAAUAAAAUUAUGUUAUUGCCGUGUAACAAAGACGCAUCGAUUGUUGAUGCGAAAGUAAGCAAUUGCUUAGGAAUAAAGAACAAAUUUGACGGUUAGGGCGUAUAUGAUACAUUGGAUUUGGCAGCGGUAAUAAUGGAGGAAGAAAAACGGAAAAAGAAGAACAAGAAGAAGAAGAACAAAAAUAACACAUCCACAGAGGAAAUUCAAGUUUCAAAUAACAAAAACAAAGCGGAGGUAGAGUCGUUUGAGCAGGAUACCAGAGCUCUUGAAAAGAAAAAUGGCAAUGCUGAAUCUGUAGCCGAGAAAGUUUCCAAUGGGAAAGAUGCAGUAGAAAGAAAAGAUUUUGAGAUUCUUCUGCAAGAGAAAUUGGCCCAAUUUGCUGUCAUCCAGGCUAGCAAGGAUGAUGAAAUUGUAACUCUAAAACAUGAAAACCAAGCACUAUUUCAGAAAGAGGUUAGCAAGGAUGAUGAAAUUAAAAGACUAAAACAUGAAAACCAAACACUAUUGCAGAAAGAGGCUAGCAUUGAGGAAGAGGUCAAACAACUGAAAGAAGAAAAAUAUUCAUGGCUCCAAAAAGAGAAUUGCAAAGAUGAAGAUAUUGAAAGACUAAAAGAUGAAAAAAGUUUACUUCUACAGAAAGAGGUUACCACAGACAGUGAAUUGAAAAAGCUGAGAUAUGAAAAUGUUUGCCUUAAGAAAGAGGUUGAGCAGUUGAGGGAAUCUUUGGAAAAUCUUUCACAAGAUCAUCGACAGUUAUCUACAAAAUUGAUUGCAGUUCAAACUGGCUUUCAACAGCUUGAGAUGGAAGCUAGAGUCCGUGCUCGAGUUGAGCAGGACGUUUCUGUGGCCACUAAAGGAGUUUCAAAGCGAUGGCUUGUCUGGGGUUCUUCUAAGGAUCCAGUAGCUGAGGCAGUUGUUAUUGCUGAGGAGUCAUGCAUGCAGAAGGAGGCUGCUGCUGCAAUAGUUGAGAAGCUUGUCUGUGAAAAUGCAGAACUUAUGGAAAAGGUCAAUCAACUACAUACAACUAUUGAUCAACUCAAUCAGAAGUGCUAUAAUGUUAGAGAAUCUAGACCACAUGCAAAUACUGAAGAAAAUGCCACCACACCAUUGCAGUUGGAAUUCAAGGAAAAAAGUGAAAAUGAAAAACAGAUUAACAGUUUAGUAGAGACUAAUGACACUUUUAUCAGUAUUGCUAACAGUGGUGGGAUUGAGACUGAUCAGCCUUUUAUCAGUGUUACUAAAGAUGUUGGAACUGAGACUGAUCAGCCUGCUAUUAUAAGUACUAACAAUGAUGAUACUUUCUACAUUGAUUCGGAAACAGAAGUGAGCACACUAAGCAAAGAUCUUGUGACGAUGACUGAUGUACAAAAUUGCCUCUCAAUGCCUGAUUCUGCUGCAGUUAUUGGGGAAGCUAAACAAACUGCCUCAGAUGCUGUUAGGGAAUCUGCAGAGACUAUUAUUCAUAAUGAAGAAACUGUGCCCUUUUCAGAUGCUCCACUCAUGGGAGCUCCACUACGCUUAUUUUCGUUUUUCAAAAAUUAUGUGAGUGGUGCUGAUUUGGUGAAGUCCAAGAAUUCAGUUUCUAGCAGAGGAAUUUCCUGAGGGUGAUGAAAUAAAUUUCUAGAGGAUCUAUAUCAUGGGUAUAUGUACAGAUCUGAUAUUCCAUCUCUUUCAUUAUUCCUUCAAUUGAUUCUUUGGUGUUCGUUACACGGGCUUUUCUAGCCUGCUGAAUUAAUACAUGAUCAAAUAGAGUGGUUGAGAGGAUAAUAGAUCAAUUCAAGCAUUCUCCAUAUUUCAUUGGUGUUACUUUUCAACAAGGCAUUUCUUAUUCAGAUAAUAUUCUUUCUGCUAUUCAGCCAAUGCAGCUUUUUCUGACCUGGCUGAAAUAUUAGUUAAAUAUUUCAGGUCAUACCUCAAAGUUAGACUUUGUAGGAAGAACGCUUCUUGUUGACUUGCAAGCUAAUUCUAAGCGUGAAUCUGGUCAGAAUUUGACCAAAAAGAUUAUGUAACCUGUAACUUACGUUAAUCGUGCAUCUCGAGGAAAUGCUAGUGUUCUUUAUAGGCAUGUGCAGAUGAAAUGAUCGUUUCCUCAACUUGAGCUACACGGUGAAAAUGAUAUCAAGGAAUAUAAAGUUAGUUUGAUCUA